AUGUCGUGGAGUCGUUCGAACCUAGUCGCUAUCAUAUUCACAUUCUCAGGUCUGUUUGUGGCCACGCAGACGACGGGCAGCGGUCAUGGCCAUUUAACCGCCAGCGGUCUUCGUGCUUUGGAGCUCAGCGCUCUGCGCAGUCACAAGCAAUUGCUGCAGGACGAGCUGGCGCGUCUGCUGAUGGAACCGGCCAGUCUCGAGUCGCCAAUGCUGCUGGAGGAGCUGCAGCAGCGCCAACGUGACAUACAAAUGAAAAUCGACAGAUUGGAGACAAUGCAGGAAUUGGGUAAGUCAGAGCAACUGAGCGUCAACCUGACAGCCGACUUUGAGAGACUGCAGCACAAGCUGGACGACCUGAAGUCCCAGGUGGAAGCAAUGGACAUGCGAUUGACUUCGACGACGCAUCCGGAGGACAAAGGCUCCGCUGGCCAGUUGGUCAAACAGGAACAUGCAGCGCAACCCGCUCUACCAACGAGCUUUCUUUGGACUCCGCUGCUCUCCAUGCCCGAAUUCCUGCCGGCCAGCGUUGCUGCUCAGCCCGGCAGCAGCGGCGGUGCAGAGGAGAGUCCCUCGCUCAUCAAACGUCUGCUGGCGAUUCUGCGACCAAGCUCCGCCACAAAUCUGCGCGGACAUUGGACAUCCUCGCCGGCGGCGGUUCAAAGCAAUCCCCAAGCAGAUCGCGUACUGAGCGCCAACGAACUGCUCCCCCAUUUGCAACUUCAACGCCACUAUAUCAACGAAGCUAUCAAACGUUUGGAGCUCCUCAGCUCGACCAGACAUGCCAAGGAUUAA